AUGGGAGAGAAUGAGUUGUGUGAGGGGGGUUUGAAUCAGAGAAAAAGCUCACUCCUGUGAUGGUGGAGGUGAGCAGAUGCAACCAGGCCUCACUUAGCAACACUCUGGGAGUAAUUAGCAACGUUCGGGGAGUAUUUUAUUCAGGCUUCAUCAGGACAAAUUGUUACAUCUCAGAUGACCCCCAACAAACGCAAUGGAGCAUUGAUACGUUGAUUCAUGUAUGAAUUAUCAAAAUACUUAUGUUUCCAUGACUAUCUUUGGCCUUCUUCCCUCAAGUCGAAGUUGCUUUAAGUCACCAAAGAAAAAGAAACUGCGACGUCAUCCACUGAAAUUGAGGAGCUAUUGAACCCACCUUGCUGGCUAAAAGGACUUGAUCAAAGAUGACAUCUGCCGGUGACAUUCUGCAUUUCCAACUACCCGGCCAUGAAGCAGCCACUCUCCGAAGCAUGAACCAGUUGCGUUCAGAGGAACGCUUUUGUGACGUGACUAUCCUUACUGAAAGCCUUAAAUUUAGGGGCCACCGAGUGGUGUUGGCAGCUUGUUCUCCAUUCCUCAGAGAUCAGUUCCUCCUAAACCCAGGCUCUGAGCUCCCUGUUUCUAUCAUGCACCGAUCCAAAGUGGUGUCAGAUCUUCUACUUUCUUGUUACACUGGGUUGCUGGAAUUUCCUGUCAGAGAAAUCGUCAAUUACUUAACUACCGCUAGUUAUCUGCAGAUGGAACAUGUGGUAGAGAAGUGUCGCCAAGCCUUGUGUCAAUUUAUUGAUCCUCAGAUAGGCCUGAGGGAUGCUAUUAAUACGAACAGGAGCACACCGGCUCGAAAUGCUUCAUCUACAACAACGGGCCCAAGUCGUCCAGCUGAUAAUUCUAGAUCUUUGAAAUCGGAGGUUAAGACGGCAGAAGACAGUGAAGAGGAAAUGUUGAUGAUGGCGGAAGAAGAAGACGACGAGGAGGAAGACGACGAUUCAACCUCAAAUCUCUGCAUUGUAAAACUGGAAUCUGUUUCGAGUGAUGGUGGAGGGGAAAGGGAACAGAGGUCUUGGGAUAAAGAAGAGCAAAACUUGACAGCGCAGUCAGAGGAAGCCUUGGUCAACUCUACUGUAGAAGGUGGAGAAACAGGAGAUGGAGCUAUCCAACGAGGUGGUAUUAUGAAGGCAAUCUAUAGCGAUGAAAUGGAAAGUGCAGAGGGGGUACUUAUUAUUCCAAGUAGCUAUCAUGAAGAUGAGGAAGAGACUAUAGAAGGGGGCAUGGGUGGCUGCCAAAGCAGUGUUUUGAUUGAUGGAUCUCCAAGAAAUGCAUUGGGUGGAUUGGCAUCACUGGGGUCGAUGGUCUUGGGAGACUCCCGGAUAGGAAUCAAACGAACUUUAAGAUGCUGCAAAUGCGAGGAGACCUUUCAAGGGGUAGAGAAGCUUGUGUUCCACAUGCGGGCACAGCACUUUGUCUUCAUGUGCCCACGCUGCGGGAAACAGUUCAACCACAGCAGCAACCUUAACCGCCACAUGAAUGUGCACAGAGGGGUAAAAUCUCACACCUGCAACAUAUGCGGCAAAUGCUUCACGCAAAAAUCAACGCUCCACGACCACCUUAACCUCCACAGCGGGGAGCGACCAUACCGCUGUUCCUACUGUGACGUCAGGUUUGCCCACAAGCCCGCCAUAAGACGCCAUCUUAAGGAGCAGCAUGGAAAGACCACAGCACAGAACAUCAUGGAAGCUGGUGUGACCGAGAUGAACAUCAUGCUGGGUUGUGGGACUGGAUGAGAGGACAUUACAUGGACCUACGUAGGAAGCAAGUUUGAGCUUUAAAGAAGUUUUGUUCACUUUGUAUUUGCACUAAUCGACUGCUAGGUGUACCUUUUUUUUAGGCCUAGUGACUUUUUACAACCUCUGUGGACUGCCAGUUUCACAUGUUUAGCUCUGUAAAAUGGUUACGAUGUUGUUUGACUAGGUUUGGCAGCUUCAGGGCCCUCAGCUAGUUUUGGAGAACGAUAAAGUCUACCAUGCAUUGCCA